GUCUGACCGUCAUCGACGUCAGAGGCAUUUUCUUCGGGAGUCAGCUGCUGAGAUGUGAAAUUUCAAUGGCUCCAGGUGUGAGUACGAUUGGCGGUACUUAAAAGUCAUUCAUAGUUUGGAUGCCAUCAGUUCCCUUCUGUCUUCCUGCAUCAACCAUGCUGCGGCUGCCUGACCUGUGCAUUUCUGACAACACGCAGCUCGUCCUCGGUGCUGCUGUUUGUCUUGGGGUACUAGUAGUAGGAGUAGUUGCUCAGGCAUAUUACCUUCCUAAAUCAAGGAGUGGCCUUCCUCUUCCACCUUCUCCUCCCACCUGGAGACUUCGAGGGCACUUUCUACCCUCUCACAACCUAUGUCUUACUAUAGCGAGAUGGAUUGACAAAUAUGGUCCCCUAAUCACUAUUCGCACUGGAACUGAGAAAAUCGUUAUUAUCGGCCGUCACAAUGCCGUAGUGGAUAUCAUGGAGAAACAGGGUGCCUCGCUAGCUGAUCGUCCUCGCCUGGUUGCUGCCGGGGAAAUGCUUACUGGCGGGCUGUCCAUCCUCUUGAUACCCCCUGGGAUCAGGUGGCGUCGGAUGCGUAGAGCACUUCAUUCGCAUCUCCAGACUAAAGCAGCUGAGGAAUACCAGCCCCUACAGAUGUCACUCGCGAGGAACACCGUGCUCGACAUUCUUGAAGAUCCCUACAACUUCCAGAAUCAUGCGGCAACUUACGCCGCGACGACUAUUAUGAAAAUUGCAUACGGGAAGACCACACCAUCGUCUGCGACUGAUCCCGAAGUCAUACAAAAUCGCGAGCUCCUUCUUGCACUUCGUAUAACCUUACGCCCUGGUGCUUACCUGGUGGACUCGAUCCCGUGGCUCAAACAUCUUCCUUGGUAUGGCCAAGAAUUGAAACAGGCGUUUCAGAGGAGCGAGCAGCUCUACACCGAUCAGCUUAACCGUAUCAAACAGCAAAUACGGAACAAUUUGGACGUCGGUCCUUCGUUCGUAAAAUGCAUGCUAGAAAACGUCCAAGUUCACGAGUUGACAGAGACAGAGAUGGCUUUUCUUGCUGGCGCGUUAUCUGCAGCUGGAACUGAUACGACCACUAUGGCGAUAUGCACGGUGCUCAUGGCAGCCGCAUGUUUUCCCGAGGAGCAAGCGAAAGUCCAGGUCGAGCUUGAUGCGAUCGUAGGAAGGCACCGAGCACCCACCUUCGCUGACGAUGAGUCCCUCCCCCGUCUGCACGCCUUCAUCUCUGAGGCUUUGAGAUGGAGACCGCUGGUUCCCAAUGGAGUGGCUCACCGGACGACUCAGGAGGUGAUUUGGGGAAACUAUUGUAUUCCAACUGGGACAACAGUAUUCGGUGAUCAUUGGUCCAUCUCUCGAGAUCCCGACGUCUUCCCUGAUCCUCAUGCGUUCAAGCCUGAGCGCUGGAUUAACGACCAAGGUCGCUAUAGGGACGAUCUGAAAUUCUUCGGGUUUGGGUUUGGUCGGCGCGUUUGCCCCGGUCUACAGGUCGCAAACAGAUCGGUGUUCAUAAACUCGCUCCUUAUUCUUUGGGCCUUCCAGAUGACUCUGGAUCCUACGAAGCCACUGGAUGACAUGGGGUUCACGAGCGGGGCGGUGGGAGAUGUCCAGCCGUGCGCUAUUAAGUUUGAGACGAGGGUUCCAGAGACGGAGCUCAGGCGCAUGAUGCAGAAGUUGCCUGAGAACGCUUAGGGAUCUACCAGUCAUCUAGCUCUCUCAGUAUCGCGUCAUGAGUUUGAGUUGUGUCCUAUGUAAACUUGCUUUCGGUUAUUCAUGUCAAUCCA